UGCAUGUUGUCCGACGAUCGCACCCCCCCAGGAGAAUCUCGCAGAAAAGUGUGUGCGAGAAUGCAUGUGUUUCCUUUCCAUGGCUAACAAUGCAGCUCAGGAAAUAUGUCAGAACAAAGGCCAGACAUCCAGGCUCUUGUUCUCAGUGUGCACUGCUGAGGAGGACUGGGAUACACUCACAGGCAGAACCGUGACUGUAUAUGCAUGACUCCAGUUCAGCUGUAUGAUAAAAGUGAGGCUGGACUGGUUGACACCUGGAGGUUCUUCUUAGACUGACGGGACAGAAGGCCGUGCGAUGUCCCUCUGGACGCCUGAAGAGUUUGAAGCCGUCCACUCCCACACCUUCCGGCUGAAGACGUUCAAGAAGGGGAAGCACUGUGGCGUGUGCAAGCAGACUGUGAACAAUGAGGGUCUCAUCUGCAGAGUUUGCCGGCUAGCCUGCCACAGGAAGUGUGAGGUCAAGGUAUCCUCCUCCUGCGUUCCUGUUGCCAACUAUGAACUGGCACCCAGCAAUGACCUCCCUCUGAAACAUAUAGAGACAACAGGCUCAACCAAAUCCUCCAAGAGCAUGGAGUCUCGACACAGGCCAUCCAGGAGUUUGAGUUUGAUCCAGGCCAUGGAGGAAAACUAUGAGGUGGACCUGGUCUACAUUACAGAACGCAUCAUUUCUGUGACCUUCCCCAGUAAUGUAGAAGAACCGAGCUACAGCGCUAACAUAAAGGAGGUGGCCACCAUGCUACGCUCUAAACAUGGUGACAACUACUUGCUCUUUAACCUCAGUGAAAAGCGAUAUGAUAUCUCCAAUCUGAAUCCCAAAGUGCUGGAUUUUGGCUGGCCGGACCAUCACGCUCCAGCUCUGGAUAAGAUCUGCAGCAUCUGCAAAGCCAUGGACACUUGGAUGAAUGCUGACAGUCACAAUGUGGUGGUCUUACACAAUAAGGGAAACCGAGGUCGAACAGGGGUGGUUGUGGCUGCGUACAUGCAUUACAGCAACAUAUCGGCGAGUGCGGACCAGGCUCUGGACAGGUUUGCCAUGAAGAGGUUUUAUGAAGAUAAAGUGCUUCCUGUGGGUCAGCCUUCCCAGAGAAGGUAUGUGCAGUACUUCAGCGGUCUGCUCUCCGGCCACAUCAAGAUCAACAACAAGCCCCUGUUUCUGCACCAUGUGAUCAUGCACGGGAUCCCAAACUUCGAGUCCAAAGGAGGUUGCCGCCCUUUCCUCAAGAUCUACCAGGCUAUGCAGCCCGUCUACACAUCUGGGAUCUAUAACGUCCAAGGAGACAGUCAGACCAGCAUCUGCAUCACCAUCGAACCCGGCCUGCUCCUGAAAGGAGACAUUCUGCUCAAGUGCUAUCACAAACGCUUCCGCAGCCCGUCCCGGGAUGUCAUAUUCAGAGUGCAGUUUCACACCUGUGCUGUUCAUGACCUGGGCAUCGUCUUUGGCAAAGAUGAGCUUGAUGAAACAUUUAAAGAUGACAGAUUUCCUGAAUAUGGAAAAGUGGAAUUUGUAUUUUCUUUCGGUCCAGAAAAAAUCCAAGGAAUGGACCACCUUGAGAAUGGGCCUAGUGUUUCUGUGGACUACAAUACCCAAGAUCCUCUGAUUCGCUGGGAUUCUUACGAGAACUUCAACCAGCGAUGUGAAGAUUCCAUGGAAGACGUUAUUCACACAGAAGGUCCAUUGGAUGGUAGUCUCUACGCUAAGGUUCGGAAGAAAGAGUCUUUGGAGGGAGUGGUCACAACUAAUGGUCUCCCAGCUGCUGUCGAUCAUGCUUUACCUGCUGUAGACCAGACUCUACCACCAGUUGACCAUGCCUUGUCUGUAAGCAGUGACUCUGGCAACUCCACUGCUUCCAUCAAGACCGACCGCACAGAUGAAGCCAGCCAUCAGCCGACCUUGGUGAGUCAGCCGUCCUCCCAGCCCCUAAGCCCAGAGGAAAAACAGGAGCUAGACCAGUUGCUCAGUGGUUUGGAAGCACCAAUGCAUCGGAUAGGUUACCAAAGCAGCUCUGGCAGCGGAGGCGGAGGAGUCCUACACCUCGUCCCUGCCCAGGUUCACGUCAACGGACACAACAACAUAGAUAGAGAGACAGAUAUACUUGAUGAUGACCUGCCCAACAGCCAGGAAGGGAACAGUGUGGACAGUCUCGGAACCCUCUCGUCAUUUGAGGGCAGAGCAACUCCAGCGGAUCUAUACUACCAGUCGGAGACGGUUAUUAAUGGACAAGAUGUGCCCUACUUGGACAAGGGUGUCCAAGAGAAAAUGCCUGAGCCCAGAGUUCACAGCUCCUCAUCUGUCCAGGAGCACUUGGGGGUCUCUAGUGGCAACACCAACCAGAAUGGCAACAUCUACCGGUCUCAAUCAUUAGGGACAAAUCCGACCAUGGAGCAGAAAUCCAUGCCCAGAGCUCCCACACGCACAACGAGCAGUAGGGAUGCAGUGCAGAGGGGAUUGAAUGUGUGGCAACAAUAUGGUGUUCCUGAGGUCCCAGUCACAGAUGGGGUCACAUUUAACCCUGUACUAGAAUCCCACAGCCUUCCAGAGUUCCCUCCUAUGGCAUCUCAACAAGAAAUUGAACAGUCCAUUGAGGCCCUCAACAUGCUGAUGCUGGACCUUGACCCAGCACUUACUCAAGUCCCCAAGUCCCAUAGUGCCCCAACUGGAGAAGGUGGUGUAGUCACCACCCAGCCGUCUUUCUCUCAAACCCAGGCACGGCCAUCCUACCAGGCUGACGCAGCCAUUCAUGACCGUGGAGGGGCCACUUUGGCUGGAUACCCAUAUGCAUUUCAACAGGUAGCCACAGAACCUCCACAACCCAACAUGAACCAGCAGAGACCCACAGCCAUAUCCCAGCAUGCUGCAUUCCCUUCUGAGGCAGAAGGUCAAGCUCCCAUGUCCAGGUCCACAGUGCCUUCCUCCACCUUUGGAGUUCUUCAGUUAAAACCCCUCAACAUUUACCCCUCAAGUACCACAUCCCAGUCCCCUGAGCCCCAGGAGACCCAGUGUAGCUACUCUACAUCCUCAUCCCCUCUGCCCAAAGAGUCUGAACCAGAAGAUGCCAACUACAAAUUGGAUGGUCUUGUAGCUCACCGUGUAGCUGGAGUUCAGUUUGGUGAAAUGUCACCAGACGAGGCUUCAGUUCCUGGAUGGUGCCGGACUACCAGUGAGGGCCUUUCCCAAGAUGAGAGCCCAACCCGAGGAAGCUCGGUCCGCUCCCCCAUUCGUUGCAUCUCACCCGAGCUGGCCAAUACGAUUGCUCUGAACCCUGGGGGACGGCCCAAGGAGAGACACAUGCAUAGCUACAGAGAAGCAUUUGAGGAAAUGGAUGGGGGUCCCGUCAGCCCCCCUCCGUUCGUUGGUGGUGAGGCCCUACCCCAAACCCCUGCCUUCCCUGUCUCGCCACAAACCCCUUACUUCAACCUGAGUCGAUCUCCUCCAGGAUUGGCUAAAACACCGUUGUCCUUCCUGGGCCUGAAGCCCCACAAUCCUGCUGAGAUCCUGCUCCACCAGACGGGCUCAGAGCCUCGUAGCUAUGUGGAGUCUGUGGCCAAAGCGGCAACAGUGUCAGGUGGGCCGCCAGCAUCGCCCGUGUCUCCGACAUAUGACAGUGACAGCUUAGCUCGUCCUGUCGGGCCUUCCCAUGCCUACAACAGUCCUCUUUCCUCCAGCAGCCCCAUUCAGAGCCCAGACGCAGUUGAAAGCACAUUGGCCGAUAGCGGGGUGGGAAUGAAUUCUCUGUCCCAGGCUGCUGUCGACUCCGUCCUUCACUCCCAGCCUUCUGACAGAACAUACCAAACACCAACACCCUCAUACCCCUCCUCCAGCAGCAUGUUGGGUAGCUUCAUCACCCCCGAUAUCAGCCCGUCUCUGCCAGGGUCCGUGCAAAACAACAUCACAACCAUCCAGCCACUCACCGGUAGCCCUGGCACAAGACACCACACUGUCCUGCCCGACAUAACGUCCGCUUACAACCUUCAGCACAGACUAGCCAAUCAGGACGGCCCCGUUCUGGGCCAACAGCCGACCCCGGCCAACGGGCAUCUGCCUGGAAUGUCUGUUAGUCCCAUGCAAGGAAGACACACCAUGGUGACCCAGGGAACGCAAAGCAGCCCGAUGUUGUCCAGACAGUAUCCCGUCCCCCACGGGACUCAGAGUAGUCCGAUUCUCAACAGGCAGCCUAUGGGACAAGCUGUCCUGAGCAGCCCGGUCCUCAACCGACAGGCGUCCCUCAACCAACCGAUCAUUCUGCCUAACCAAAGCAGCCCGGUGUUGAGUAGACAGCCGUCCGUUACCCAGCCCAACCAGGGAAGCCCCGUCCUGAGCAGGCAAUCCUCACUCACACAUCCCAGUCAGGGCAGUCCCAUUCUGGGACACCACACGUCCAUAACGCAGGGUAGCCCCAGUCUGGACAGGCACCCGAUGUACAGCGGCUACACCACCCCGGACGAGCGUCACGGAGCCCUGUCCCGCCAGAGCAGCUCCUCUGGAUACCAGCCUCCAUCCACACCCUCUUUCCCAGUCUCUCCGGCCGGAUACACAGAGGGAGUGGGAUUCAGACAGGGCAGCCCUGCCCUCCAGCCUCAGCUCCCCGAGAAGAGACGCAUGUCCAGCAGCGAUCGCUCCAAUGGCGGACUGUCCUACGGAACGCUCAACGGAAAGAUGUCCUCGCCGGUGUCCAGUGGCGGCAGCACUCCAAGCGUUCAUUUCUUCAACACACUCCCUGAUUUCUCCAAACUUAACAUGUGCGAUGGAAGUCCAGAGACUAGGAUGAACGUGAAGUUUGUCCAGGACACGUCCAAAUUCUGGUAUAAAGCAGAUAUCUCCAGAGACCAAGCGAUCAACAUGCUGAAGGAUCAAGAGCCUGGAGCCUUUGUCAUUCGGGACAGUCAUUCAUUCAGAGGGGCCUACGGCUUGGCCAUGAAAGUUUCCUCUCCACCUCCAACAGCGCAGCCUACAAAGAAAGCCGGAGACGUCACUAACGAGUUGGUGAGACAUUUCCUAAUUGAGACGAGUCCGAAGGGCGUGAGACUGAAGGGCUGCCCUAAUGAGCCAUACUUUGGCUGCCUGUCUGCACUGGUCUACCAGCACUCCAUCACUCCACUGGCUCUACCCUGCAAACUAGUCAUACCAACCAGAGAUCCUCUGGAGGAAUCACCUGAGAUAGCAACUCCUACUAACCCGGCGACAGAGAUGCUCAAACAGGGUGCAGGGCAGAAGAGUUCAUCUGACUCCCAUGCAUGUAAUGUCCUGUACAUAAACUCAGUGGACAUGGAGUCUCUGACUGGACCUCAGGCCAUCUCUAAAGCCAUCUCAGAAACCCUGACAAGCAGUGCGAUCUCCUCAGCCACCGUUCACUUCAAAGUGUCUGCGCAGGGCAUCACACUCACUGACAACCACAGGAAGCUCUUCUUCAGACGUCAUUAUCCCAUCAGCACGGUCACGUUCUGCGACAUUGAUCCACAGGAGAGGAAGUGGAGCAAACCUGAGGGUGGCACUGCAAAGUUCUUUGGCUUUGUGGCCAGAAAGCAAGGGAGCACAACAGACAACGUCAGUCACCUGUUCGCUGAGAUGGAUCCCGAUCAGCCGGCCACAGCCAUCGUCAACUUCGUCUCUAAAGUGAUGAUCAACUCUCAGAAGCGGUGAACUCUUCACACUGCGCUGCUUUCUGGAGGACUUCCAUUCUGCUCUGUUUGAUUUGGGGUUUUUUUACGUUUCGUUUUUUAGUUCUGUAUGUUUGGGUGAGAGGCUGUGUGAACGUGUGGUUGUGAAUGUGUGAGGAAGGGUUAUUCGGAUGGUAGUGAGGAAGAGGGACAGAGGAAGUGCACUGUGGGCGUAGAGGAGUGAAGGACAGAGAGGAGGUGAUCUUCAUCUCACUCGCGGGGGACGUGGAAAUGAUCUCAGUGAUUUUGUUGCUUGUUUUUUAGAAAAAAAAAGGACAAGAAAAAGUCAAAAAAAAAAAAAAAAGUUUGAUGAGGAGGCUGAAAUCUGGGGCUGGAGUACCAAAGAUAAGAGAGCAGUCAGGACAAACCAAUCAUUAUUCAAGCGUUCUUGUAUAUCUUGGUAAACCACAGCUGCUUCGUCGAAACUGUACAUAUGAACUCUUCCUUCUCAAAGCGGCUCCUGUUGUUCACGCUACAAGUGCAAGACCACUUCACAUGCCAACUAAAAGCAAUUUCCAGUCCACUCUGGAUAAACUCAAAACCUUGUGGGGAUUGUGAAGGUCCCUCAUAUAGCAGACCUAGGAGAAGCUAAAAGUGAGGACGGGUGAGACAUCUUCACCCUCAAAGAUGCUCCUCUGAGAGAACGUGGGAUGCUGGAGUCGUUGAUUCAGUAAUUCAGCGUGUUCGUUCACCUCUGGUCCAGAGAUAUCCAGCAGCUAACUGAUGUUUCUCUACUCGAAAGAGUGCAAUGCAAUGGCACCUGAUGUCAGAUUUCCAGGUUCAUUAUUGAAGUCGGAUAUGAGAGAUUUCUAGUGAAAUUUUCUGUUGCCUGAAACUCAAUUUUGCAGGUGUUUGACUGCGAACAAAAAGUAUAGCAGCCAAAUUGCAUUCUCUCUGCAAUGCUUGCUUAUGUUUUGCAUGUAUAGUUGUCGAAAAAACAUUUUUAUUUGCUUAAAAGUGAAUGUUUAUCAUUGUCUGUGCACAUCUAUUUCGGUGC